AGAUAAAAUGGCUCUAUUUAAAUUUCUGAUUUGAGGAAGCCUUGCAACUCGGACGGAGGCGUAAAACAUUCAAUUUUUUUUUUUUGUUUGGACUCCAUUCAAUUCAUUUGACCCAAUUAUUUCAAUUUUCUCAAAUUAUUUAUAAUCUGAGUCCGUUCUCCCAGGCCAGCUUCGGGAGGCAAGGGGAGAUCCUGUGUAAUUAUCAAGCUUAUUCCGUUCAUACAACUGGAAUUGAAUUUUCUCGGGCACCAUGAUCCGGUUCAUAUUACUUCAAAACAGACAAGGAAAGACCCGUCUGGCCAAGUACUAUAUUCCACUGGAAGAAUCAGAAAAACACAAGCUUGAGUAUGAGGUGCACCGACUGGUUGUCAACAGGGACCCCAAGUUUACAAACUUUGUCGAGUUCCGCACUCACAAAGUGAUUUAUAGGCGGUACGCAGGCCUGUUUUUCUCAAUGUGUGUGGAUAUCACCGAUAAUGAGCUAGCAUAUCUUGAAAGCAUUCAUUUAUUUGUGGAGAUACUGGAUCAUUUCUUCAGUAACGUAUGCGAGCUUGACUUGGUAUUCAAUUUUCACAAGGUAUACUUGAUACUAGACGAGUUUAUUCUUGCAGGGGAAUUGCAAGAAACAAGUAAGAAGGCAAUCAUUGAGAGAAUGGGGGAGCUGGAAAGACAGGAGUGAGAAUCGCGGUCGCUCCAAGUAUUAUCUUGAAGGUUUUGAUAUUUGAUUUUAUUCUGUCACCAAUGAUAGUUGGGGGUUGUUGAUUUGCUUUACGUUGCAGGGUGUGCAGUAGACUGUUACUGCUUUUACUCUUUUUUUUGUACAAUGGUAAUGACUAAUUAGGGAUUUUCAUUGUUCCCUCUUUAUGGAGUUUGUAUUAGACUUCCUACUUCUGGGGAAGAGGAUUAAUACACUCCAUCGAUUCAUUUUUUUCUAAAAAUUCUGUGUUCCAAAGGAUCUGAGUUCUUUUUUUCCUUGGAAGAUGUAACUUGAUAUAAAGCUGACUUAUAAUAGGAUGCCCAAUUUAUACAAGAAUACUAUAGGAUAUUCAAAUAUUCAGAUUUGUGAAGUUUGCACUGCAUUUUAUCAUAUUAUAUUUUUGAGGUGCAUUUAUGCUUUGUCUA